ACGAUUGACGUGGCGACAACCAUCUUGCGUGUCUGCAGACUGCGCCAGCUACCGUAAUCCCCCCUCCCUGCGAGCCAUCACCGGCUACCGCGCGCAGCACACUGGCCCGCCGUCCUCCGCACCUGCACGCCGGAAAUACUCUGGUUUCUGUCUUUCUGACUCGCUACUCAGACAGCCAUUUUGAUUCAAAAUUCCCAUUGUGUCGCAACCAAGAAGGCAUGAAUGAUCAGCAUUCUAACUCCAAAUCAAACCUGGACAACAACAGAUACAGCUCCGCCCGGACCUCCAAGAGACUGCUGUGGAGAUGCAUCAGCCUUGGUCAUAUUUUCUCUCUUAAAAACAGGGUAGAAGUGUAAGAACAAGGUGAAGUUGGUUCAAAAAAUUUCUUAGGCGCGUAGAGAGUGGGGACCCAUGUUUCAAGUAGAAGAGACUCUAAAGUUAGCUUAGCAUCGGUCAUUGGUGCAAUCCUCUUUUCUGAACGCCAUCAAUCGUAGAUUCCCAACACAGCUUCAUAUACUUGCCAACAAGUUCAAGAAUGAAAGUGACAGUGGAUGCAGCAAUACUCAAGUUCAUCUUUCAAGAACCCACUUUCAGGCCUCUUCGGAGCUUGUACCAUGUUCAAACUGUUAAGCCACAUAUAUCUAUUUCUUCAUAUUGGUAUUUAGAAAUAUCAAAUUGCAAUCAAGUUCGGAGCUUGAGAACCCACUCAUUGCAGCCAGCUUGUGGAGAGUUUCGUAUGAUUUUGGGGCCUAUGUUAGCUGGAAAAAAGACCACCCUACUGAACACAAUAAGGCCUGAUACCAGCACAAGCAGGUUAGGAAAACUUUCAACUUGUUGCUACAUUUCAAAUUCUGUCUAUUUUUGGUCACAUACUACGUAUUCGUAUUGGGUGUAGUAAAUCUUGGAUUGGAGCUUUAUGUUUGAUUGGAAUAGUUCAUUUUAGAGGAAUUAUGGUGAUUAAAAAACACUCGGUAUUGUUGAAUGUUGAAUUCAUAGACAUAUGCAUCUCCAUUCAUGUUCUUUGUAUUGAGUUUGAUAUCUAAAUUGAGUUUUUAGAGAAAAGAACGUCUUGUAACUUGCUUGCAUUCUAAUAAGAAAUACAGAAUAUAGUUUUCAGUUUCUAUUAACACAAAAUUUUAUAUUAUCCAUAUACGUUUAUUUGUUGGAGCUUUAUAUUUGAUUGGAAGUCGGUCUAGUGCCUAAUUCAUUAAGAAACAAUCCACUACCCAUGAUAUAAUAGGAAAAGUUAUCUGGUAAUAGUAUUCAUCAUCAGCAUCAUCAUUACCCCAGUGCCGCAAAGGCUCCCACCUACGCUGGGGUAAGGGGGGAUCGGAUGUAUGUAGCCCUACCCCUGUACUAAAGCACAAAGAGACUGUUUCCGGAUGACCCAAAAUGAAAAUCACGUUGAAAAUUGCAUGGACUGACUUCUGCUUCAUAACAAAGGAGCGCAGACAGUUUAGUGAGCCAUUUUGCUUUAUUCCAUCAUGCUCCCAAGCGAAAAAAUAGUGAGUCUUUGGCUCCAUCGGAAAUGAUGGAAAUUAUCCGGUAAGAGUAUUAUAGUUAUAGAGAUAAAAUGAUGACUGAUACAUUAUGUGGCUGGAAAGAUCAAAUUAAAAUUGAGUUCUUGUUAAUUACAAAUUCAUUUCUAUCUUCAUUGUUUGCUCUGUAUUAGUGAUACCUGUGGAAGCUAUUAUAGAAAUAAUUCAAUGUAUACCGGAGGAGUUUUUUUUGUUCAUGAAAGAACAUUGAGUAGUUAUUGAUUAUAUCCACAGUUUUCAGGGUGACAUUCUAAAGAAUCUGUACGGUUGGGAUAAAACACUAAAAGAAUUAUGUUUCUCAGGAAGAGUGAGGGAAGCAGUUGGGAUAUUGUGCCGCAACGGACUGCGAGUGGAGUCUGAAACAUAUUCCCUUCUUUUGCAGGAAUGCAUUUUUACGAAAGCAUACAAGCAAGGGAGAAGAAUUCACUCACAAAUGGUUGUUGUCGGGUUUCUCCCAAACCAAUACCUGACAAUCAAACUGUUAAUCCUGUAUGCAAAGUCAGGAGAUAUGGAUACUGCCCACAAUAUAUUUGAUAGGUUAAACUUAAAAAGCCUCAUCUCCUGGAAUGCAAUGAUUGCAGGGUAUGUGGAGUAUAGAAUGGAAGAAGUCGGCUUAUGCCUUUAUUACAAAAUGAAACAACAUGGCUUGAAUCCCGACCAAUACACUUUCUCAUCGGUCUUUAGGGCAUGUGCCUCUUUGUCUAUUUUGGAACAGGGCAAGCAAGCACAUGCUAUGGUGAUCAAAAGGAAAAUAUGUCGAAACCUAGUUGUUAAUAGUGCCCUUAUGGACAUGUACUUCAAAUGCAGUAGUCCAUACGAUGGCUAUCUCGUGUUUGAGAAGUCAUUGGAGAAGAAUGUCAUAACAUGGACUGCCCUGAUUUCUGGAUUUGGGCAGCAUGGUAGGGUAGUGGAGGUGCUACAGUCUUACCAUAGAAUGGUCAGUGAAGGUUUUAGACCCAACACUGUAACAUUUCUUGCAGUUCUUUCUUCUUGUAGCCAUGGAGGGUUAGUAGAUGAAGGUAGAGAAUAUUUUUCUUCAAUGACGAGAGAUUAUGGGCUUCAACCAAGUGGGAAACACUAUUCGGCUAUGGUUGACCUUUUCGGACGUGCAGGGAGGUUAGAAGAGGCUUAUGAGUUUAUUAAAAACUCACCCUAUCAGGACCACCCUGUGUUAUGGGGUGCUUUGCUUGGGGCUUGUAAGAUUCAUGGAAAUAUGGACAUGCUUAAACUCGCUGCUAUGAAUUUCUUUGAGCUGGAACCGGAGAACGCCGGGAAGUACGUUGUCCUUUCUAAUGCCUAUGCCUCAUUUGGUUUGUGGAACAAUGUUGCAGAAGUCAGGAGAGUUAUGAAAGAGUCGGGUGUUAAAAAGGAGACUGGUCAUAGCAUGAUUGAGGUUCAAAGACAAGCACACUUCUUCUCUAUGGGACAUAAUACUCAUGCACAAACAGAUUUGAUAUUUGAAGUGAUUAGGGACUUGACUUACAUUUUGAAGGACACGGGAGAUAUACCAGAACUCAGAAGCUAAGGAGAAAGAAAGUUGUAGUUCACGUAUUAUCUCCUCCAGAACCCCCACCCUGCCACCCCUUUCUGAGUGGCCUGGAUUAUGUUCUGGUAAUGCAUGAAAUGCUUUUGCCAGUAAGUUUUCUGGAUCAUUUUGCUCAAUGUCAUUUAUAUGGAAAUCAAAUUGCUGACCAUAGUUAUCUUGCAUUUCUGUUAAUAUUGUUAUUAUUUUUGCUGUUAUUAUUGUUGUUGUUAUUGUUAUUAAUAUACUAUUACUCCGCAUUUUAAAGCUUGCCAGACUUUCCUUUUUGGGAUGUACUUGAAAGUUUGCUACACUCUCCCCUUUUGGUAAGUUUUCCUUUAAAAUACUCAAUUACUUAAAUUUUUUCUACCUUUUUAUCUUCUCUUUUAAACUUUUACACUCUUUUUCUACACUAUUCAUUACCCCUUCUACUUUUCUUCUUAAAUAAUGUGCCAAAACCUAUUGUAGCAAUCAUUAAAACAAGGAGGGAGUAUUAUUAUUAUUAUUAUGACUAUUAUGAUUAUUAUUAUUUUCAUUAUAUAAUAAUUAUUACUCCGUAUUAUUAUAUUAUUAUUAGUAUUAUUAUUACUAUGAUCAUCAUCUUUAUUACCAUCACCACUACUACAAUACUACUUAUUCCUCAUUUCUUUGAUCCGCAGGGGGUCUUGAGUAUUAGAUGUUGAGUGGUGGGGCUUUGGGAGGAAAAGAGGAAAAUAAAUGCAAAGUUCAUAUGUGAAAAGGGAGUAUCCUUUUGAGGAAGACAAGUGAUCACUUUAUGAUGAUGCGGUGCAGUGGGAGAUUAAUUUUCAUUGUGGUUACUGCACAAACGAAUGAAUGCUUGACCAUUGGUUGAUUUAGGGCUCGUUUGGUAACUCUCCCUUCAAGAAGCAACUCGAUUGUUUGGAGCAUUGGCCUAGGAAUCGAGAGGAUGUUGCCGCGAGAAUAAAUAGUUGUGACUUGACAAGAAGCAACACCGGUAGAGAUAGAGAUGUCGUCUGUUCAGCGUGACUCAGAUCUCAGAUCACACCCUGCUGUCCAAGGUCAUUUUUGGGCUUCAUAACGCAACCUCUUUGAAAUAAAGGGGUUUGAGGAUAGAAAUAACCAGCUCAAAACCACUAUGAGAGCCACUUUAAGCAAGAUCAGAUCCUAGAGUUGGAGGUUUAAAAAGAGACUCGGCACCAUGGAGUUGUAUUCUGAUAGAGAUCUACCUAUUAGACUAAUAAAUAGAAGAGUUAGUUGUAGUUAUAUUUCGGUUAUUAAAUAAUAACUAGAGUAGGCUGUAUGGGAAGUCUAUAAAUAGAAUUAGUCUGGGAAGGGGAGGCAGGCUGUUUUGACUAUUGUAGUCUGGACUGGGAAAGUUAGAGAUUAAUCGUCUCUUUCUUUUGGGGGCUUCGGCCAGAACUCUUCUUCAUCAAUAAAGUUUACAGUUCUUGUU